AUGAAGCUAGCUCUAACCCGAAAAUUGUAUAGUGUUAUUACCUCCACCACCCUACCCAGUGCACGUCUCCAAUUUGUUCCUGGCAACGACGUAGACAUUCUUUGUCAUGAAGAGGACUGCUGUGAUGUAGGCUUGUCAAAAAAAACGUAUUUAGCUGUAUUCAAAGAGGGCCAUGACCACAUUGAAGACCUUGUACAAAAUUAUAGCCAAUUGUGCACCACUGACGAGCUCUGGAAUGCCUAUUAUGUCACCAUUGCUCUACUUACCACCACAAAUGAACAUAUGAUGGCUUGGCAGAUUCAUAGGGAGGUGGUGUGGGCUCUUUAUCGAAGUGAAGGACCGUCCUUUCUCCAUAACGAAGCCACGUAUUUCAUGGCCCUUGCGACCUCUCGAUUCCAGCGCAUCAACAAAUGCCUGGUUCUCUUUCUAUGGCUCCGCAAACUUUUGGUAUUGGGUGCAUUUGGUGAGGUGAAUGAACGCACAUUGAACAGAGUAAUGGAGCAGGUUCUCCGAUCCAUGGAGGCGCAUUUCUGCAAUUAUGCGGCGGGGUUCAUGGGCGUAUGGCUCAUUGAAGUUGCUCGAGAGAAUUCAAUCUCCCUAGGUGCCAUGCUCAAUAUGAUUAAGGAUUGUUGUAUGAGAAACGUCGCCGAUAUCUCACUAUGGACGCUUAUGGGAACAGUGCUUCUAGGCAAAACCAACGUUUACAUGAAGAGAGAUUGGGAUAGGAUCAUAUCCGAAUUAUCUGAGAGCGACUCUAUUGAUCAAAUUCCCUCAGUGGUGGCGUCUUGUGGUGGUGACUUCAAGAGUAGUCAAUUGUCUGACAUCGCCAAUGAGCUACUAACGUGGCUUCUCACCAUUGAAUCUCCACAUAAAACUCCUUACCUACAACUUCUUCGAAACGGAGUCCCCGACUCAUUUCCUGCCCAGGUUCAGAUGAAAUUGUCCAGUUCUGUCAGUGAACCAUUCAAACGGACACUUGCUACGUUGCAAAAAACAUACAAAUUUUCAUGA